AUGAACCAUAUUACAACUAACGAUUUAAUGAAUGAACAAGAGAACACAAAUAAUUCUUUGAUGAAUUUUGAUAAUCCAUCUAGUAAUAAUAAAUUCUUACAUAUUGAGAGAAAUUAUGAUCUAUGUGGUGAAGAUGAUGAUAAUCAUGAAAAUUCCUCUACACAUUGUGAAAGUAAUUCAUCUGGUAUUAUAUCAUUUUCUUCUUCUCCAUCAUCAUCCCCAAUUUCUUUUAAGGAUUCUUCUGGAGAAAAUACAACUGAGGAAGAUAAUAAUGUUGAUAUUGAAGAAGAAAGUGAUGUAUUAUCCGAAACAGAAUCACAAAAAGAAAUGAGUCCCUUUUUAGUUUGUAAAAUUAAAAAAGAUAUUUUACCAACAACAAAUCUAACGAAAGAAAAUAAAAUUAAACCAUAUUAUAAUAAUUCAAAAUUAGAAUCUAAUGAACCAAAUUUAAUAAGACAACCAGAAAUAACAUUACCAAUGAAAAACUUAAAUGUAUCUAAUGCAUUAUCAUCUUCAUCAUAUUUAGAGAUUCCUUCAAUAUCUAAUGAUAAAAAAAUUUCUGAAACAAAUUUAAAUAAUUUAGAUUCAGAUGAUCUUAAUGAAUCUACAGAGUUUCAAAAAGACUAUAGUCGUUGGGUUGAAACUAAAAACAGAACGGAAAACUCAAAUCCUUCUUUAAAGGAAGGAAUGGGAAAUGAUUAUCAAAUUCCGUCAAAGAGAGGAAACAAUACUAGUGCAUAUGAUUUUUUUAAAUUCUUUGAUGAUAUGAUUUUAAAUUUUCUAAUAAUUUUAACAAUAAUCCUUGGUAUUCGUUUUUAUAAAUUGAUAAUUGGAUACAUUUUACCAAUUUCAAAAAAAUCUCCGUUUUAUUAUGAUAAUAUUAGGUUUUUAGUUGGCGAUAAGUAUCCAACAGAUAAUUUACCGCCAACUGGGAAAUUUAUUGUAGAUUUUGACAAAAAAGUGGCUAUACCAUAUAAUGGUAAUUUAAUUGAGUAUAAUUUUGAUUUGUUGAAAGCAGGAACAAUUAAUUUAUUUAGUAAAUCAUGUAAGACUUUCGAAGAAAAUUAUAAUAAUGGUUAUGAUAAAGCUUUAGAAUUAUCAGGAGAAAUUAUGAAUAAAUAUAAUUAUGAACAUGAUUUUAUUACUAAACUUAUUUCUCAUAAUGAAGAAGAUAUCUCAAAGAGAGUUAUAACAUUAAUUCAACAUAUUUUUAAUUGA